UCAAAUUCAAAAGUUUUCCCAGAGCGGAGCGCCCAAAAGGCGAGCAUGGGAAUCCCGAACGCCGAUAGGCCGUUAGUCAGAAAAAUCUGACGGUGUACCUUCCCGCCCACCGUCCUUCUUCCCACCAAGAAUUUCGAAAUCCUCCGCUUCCGGCUUCCCCCAAUCCCCUCUCCCCCCUUGCCCUUUCCUUUUCUAGGGUUCAUAUGCACAGAGUCGAGAAAUCUCCCUCUUUUUCUCUAUCCAAAACGAUCUGUAUUUCUUUUCCGACGUCCUGAAGCUUGGUUCGGCGAAAGCGAUGGCGGAGUUGGAUUGGAAGCACCACACUAUCAUCCAAUCCUUGCUCUCUCGCGGCCCUCUCAAAGAGUCGGCCUUUCGAUCUCUCUUCGCAGAUGUUACCGGCAAGAAUCCAGGUCGAAACCAACAAGUCUUCAAUGACUAUCUUCGUAAAAUAAACAAGGAGCUUGCUUAUGUUCAGUUUGAGCUAAGGGGUUGCAGAAAUCAAUACGAUGGAGAAGUCUAUUAUGGUAUUGUUAACACUAUUGCUGAUGAACAAUCGAAACUUGGAACAAAUUACUCUGUACCACAGAUUGCAUUUUUCAAGGCGGUGAUAGAGGCAAUUUUGCAUGAAUCAGGGGCUGAAGGCACCAUAUCUCACAUUUCUUCUCUCAAUGUUCGCCUGGAGAACAAGGCAAGGCAAUCAUCUCAGGCUGGUAGUUCUCAGGCGCCCUCCUCCUUCAGGCAGUUCUCUCUUUCACAGAAAGAGAAAACUCUUUACGAUCUAAUCCGUGAUGGAUGGCUAUGCUCUACUGAGAAUGGAAAUGUCGGUAUUGGCAUUAGAUCUUUUCUCGAUUUGCGUAGUUGGUUCCGCUGCAACGACAUUCCUUCUUGUGAUGUCUGUAACGAAGCUGGAGUGAAGGCGGUCAUGUGUCGAAAUGAGGAUUGUGCGGGGCGCAUUCAUUCAUAUUGUUUAGAAAAGAAAUUCUCUCAGGAAGGGGUAGCAAGAGUUUGCCCAAGUUGUGGUUUUGAUUGGCCAUAUGGUAGGGAAAAAGUUAAGCAGGAAGACGAACUGAAGAUACCAUCACCUGAUGCUGCCGGUAGUCCUGCCAUGACCAAGCGGGUUAGGAGUUGCAGGGUUGAUGCCACGGACAAGCCCCCUAUAGCCAAGCGGUUGAGGAGUUGCAAGACUGAGCUUGAAGCUGAAGUCAAUGUGGCAGAGGAUGAAUUGAGGGUUCCAUUUCCUGAUGCCACUGGUAGUCCUACCAUGACCAAGAGGGUCAGAAGUUGCAGAACUGGCAGGGCAGGUGAUCCCGACAAAAAGCUGAGAUGCAAAGUAAAGAUUGAUGUCGGUGUUGAAGUAGAUCCAUCUGGGUGUCCCAUGCAAUCUGCUCCCCAGCAACCGAGGAGGAGUUUAAGGUCUGUCCGUAGCAGGUGAAACAGUUGUCUUCCAAUAACCUGGAAUGGUGUACUUAUUGUCUUGGCAGUGUCUAUAGUUCAUAUUGAAGGAAAAAAUAUACUGAAUCCUAGUCACGGCUUUUGUAAUUACAAACUGCAUUUCGUUUUCCUUUCAUAAUGCAUUUCGUCAGUUUUUCGUA